AUGGCCACUCUUUUGUUAGUAAAAAUUUAUGCCCCCAUGGCAACUGAACCAAAGAAAGCUCGGUCUUUGUUUUCAAACCUUCUGCUCUUGGUAAGGCCCUUCGUGCCAAUCUUGCCGCAGGUGAGAAGUCCAGCAAGGACACCCUCUCUUCGAGAGAAGUUCAUAUGGACUGUCCUAGCCGUCUUGAUAUACUUGGUUGCAUCUCAGAUCCCGCUCUACGGAAUCCUCACAACUAACAUCCAGGAUCACACCCAAUGGCUUAGAAUUCUAAUAGCCUCUAGCAGAGGCACACUCAUGGAUCUUGGCACAGGGCCUGUCGUUACAGCCUCUGUCAUAAUGCAGCUCCUUACCUCAUCAAAGAUUAUCGAGCCAGACUUUAAUAUACCUGAGGACAAGAUUCUCCACGACUCUCUACAGAAGCUUAUUGCCUUACUUUUGACCGUGGGCCAGGCCCUGGUCCAAAUCAUUACGGGUUUCUAUGGCCCUUUUGAAACACUAACUAAGGCUAGCUGCUGUCUUAUUGUCUUCCAACUGAUUAUUUCAGGAAUUCUAGUAAUAUUACUGGAUGAACUCCUGCAGAAGGGCUACGGAAUUGGCAAUGGUGUUAAUCUCUUCAUUGUUGCUAAUGUUUGCGAAAGAAUCAUCUGGAAUGCUAUUAGCCCAAAGGUGUUCUAUACUGGCAGGGGAUUAGAGUUUGAGGGGUGUCUGGUAGCUACUGUCCAUCUAUUAUUUGCCAGAAGAAAUAAGCUUGCUGCUUUGUAUGAGAUUAUGUUUCGUGAAAAUUUGCCAAACCUCUCCUCUCUUAUAUUUACUUUUAUUAUUUUUAGCUUUGUUGUGUACGUCCAAUCAAUCAGGGUUGAGUUGCCAAUCAUCUCUCGUAAGCACAAGGGGAUUGUAAGCUCUUAUCCAAUUAAUCUAAUGUACUCCUCGACAAAUCCUAUUCUCUUCCAAAACACCAUUGUUACUCAAUUUUUCAACGUUUCUAGACUACUCUACAAGUUCUUUCCCAAGAACUUAUUUGUACGCCUCUUCGGGAUCUGGGAGCAGAAGCCUAAAGUUGGAUUUGCACCUGUUUCAGGUCUUUGUUAUUACAUUUUCCCGCCAAACUCGUAUACUGACAUGUUCACAAGACCCAUUUUCUUUGCAUUAUAUUGCUGUAUAAUGCUGUGCUCUUCUGCAUUUCUAGCUGUCUCGCUUCUUGAGUCCCAGGAGGAAAAUGCAGAAGUUGUAUUUAAGAGAAUUAAGGCCAAGGAUAUGCAACUUAAGGGCAUUCGAGACACGAAUGCUGUCGAUAAACUUAAUGAGUACGUUCCAACAGCAGCAUUCCUCAGUGGGCUUCUGACCUCAUUUGUGGUUCUUUUCUGUGAUCUAUUUUCAGUUGUAGGCUCGGGCAGCAAUGUAUUCCUUGCAGCAGGUAUUGUAAACCAGUAUAUAAAGCUUGUCACUAAAGAAACAGCUAAGAGAUCAGGAAAGGCGAUUAUUGAAUAA